AUGAGUCUAGGCCGGCGCGCCUGCGAGGACGAGCGGAACGGAGAGCCGGCUGGCGGCGGCGGCGGCGGCGGACCGGUGAGCCCGGCGACUGGAGCGCGGGCCUGGGCGGUGAGCGCGCUGUGCCUGCUGCUCUCCGCGAGUUCGGCGGUCGCCUGCCUGCUGCUGGGCGUCCAGGCGGCCGCGCUGCAGGGCCGGGUGGCGGCCCUCGAGGAAGAGCGGGAGCUGCUGUGGCGCGCGGGGACCCCCGACGCCUUGGCCGCCUGGGCCGAGCCGCGGCUGGAGCGCCUGCUGCGUGAGAAGUUGGAGGGACCAGUCAAGCUCCGAACAGUUCGAGAAGCACCGACAGACUGUGUCUGCCCCCCAGGCCCCCCUGGACGGCGUGGCAAGCCCGGAAGAAGAGGUGAUCCCGGUCCUCCUGGGCAAUCGGGACGAGAUGGCUACCCGGGGCCACUGGGUCUGGAUGGAAAACCUGGACUUCCAGGCCCCAAAGGGGAAAAGGGUGCACCAGGAGACUUUGGCCCCCAGGGAGAUCCUGGGCAAGAUGGAGCUGCUGGGCCUCCAGGGCCCCCAGGACCCCCUGGGGCCCGGGGCCCUCCUGGUGACACUGGGAAAGAUGGCCCCAGGGGAGCACCAGGCCCAGUGGGUCCCAAAGGAGAAGCUGGACAAGAUGGUGCAAUGGGCCCAAGUGGACCCCCAGGGCCCAAGCCUCCACUGUUCUCUCUUCAGGGGGAUGACGGGAUACCAGGCCAACCAGGGCUCUCUGGACCCCCAGGGCCCAAGGUAGUCAGGGAGCAAGGGGGUCCUCAGGUAGAGAAAGGCACAGACAGAGCCCUGGGGCCCAAGGGGGAGCCCGGCCACCCAGGCACUGAUGGAGCUACGGGGCAGCGGGGUCCCCCAGGCCUCAAGGGUGAACAAGGAGACACAGUGGUAAUUGACUAUGAUGGCAGGAUCUUGGACGCGCUUAAGGGUCCUCCUGGGCCACAGGGGCCCCCAGGGCCACCAGGGAUCCCCGGAGCCAAGGGAGAACUCGGAUUGCCUGGUGCUCCUGGAAUCGACGGAGAGAAGGGUCCCAAAGGACAGAAAGGAGACCCAGGAGAAGCUGGACCAGCAGGACCCAAAGGGGAAGCAGGAGAGAUGGGCUUGUCAGGCCUCCCGGGUGCCAACGGCCCCAAGGGAGAGAAGGGAGAGUCGGCAUCUGACAAGCUACAGGAGAGCCUGGCCCAGAUCAUAGCAGAACCAGGGCCCCCAGGCCCUCCUGGUCCCCCAGGCCCCAUGGGCCUUCAGGGGAUGCAGGGUCCCAAGGGCUUGGAUGGAGCAAAGGGAGAGAAGGGCUCGUCGGGUGAGAGAGGACCCAGCGGCCUGCCUGGGCCAGCUGGCCCACCAGGCCUUAUUGGGCUGCCAGGAACCAAAGGAGAGAAGGGCAGACCCGGGGAGCCAGGACUAGAUGGUUUCCCUGGACCUCGAGGAGAAAAAGGAGACCGGAGUGAGCGUGGAGAGAAGGGGGAUCGCGGUGUCCCGGGUCGGAAAGGAAUGAAAGGCCAGAAGGGCGAGCCGGGACCCCCAGGCCUGGACCAGCCAUGUCCUGUGGGCCCCGAUGGACUGCCUGUGCCUGGCUGCUGGCAUAAGCCACAGCCAGCUGCCCACCAUUCUUGGCCCCCUGGGCCCUGGCUUCACCAGGGCAGGACUCCCACCCAGCACCCAUAG